AACCAUACACCGAGAAACGACUCUCUUAAUUUAUUUAUAUAUUUCUCUCUCUUGCUCGUCUCUGCAACCAGCAUAGUCCGUACACACAACAAACACACUCGUAUCAUUCAACGAUUACGAGUCACUUGCAGCAAUCGUUAAUCUCAUAAAAAUCACACCCCCACAAUUUACAUGUAUGCACACGAAACCUAGGGUUAGGGUUUGAAUAUUUUUCAUGGAAAACGACGAAGAGACUUCAAACUUGUAUAAAUCUUCACUUCCAGAAGAAUCGUUAGUCUCAUAAAAAUUACAGACACCCCUAUAAAUUUCGUGUAUAGGCACAAAACCUAGGGUUAGGGCUUGAAUCAUUUUCAUGGAAAACGACGAAGAGACUUCAAAGUUAUAUCAAUCUUCACUUCAGGAAGUCGAAGAUUCAAGAAUUGAUGAUAAGCCACUAGAAACUGAAGAGUUGACGAACACCAAAGAAUGCGAGUUUACUCCCCAGUCUCUUCCCAAGUUGAGCGACUCCCAGUUCGUUGCUGCAGAGUCAGUGAUUCUUGGAACAGCCAACGAGAACGAGGAGCCGAUGGCGGAGAAGGGGAUUCCGGAGGUGGCGGACAAUGAAUUGGAGACGGAGGAGGUAAAAUACGACGGAGACAAGGCUGUUUCUGCGUCACCGGUCGUCAAAAAUGGUGAAGCGGUGGCGGAGGAAGAAAAUUCGAUGGCAGAGACUGAAAUGGAGACUGAGGCAGAGAAAACGGCUGCAAAAGAUGCACAACUUGUUGUUGCAGAGUCACCGGUUACCUCCAAGGACGACGAGGAUGAUGAAGCAGCGGCGGCGGCGGAGGAGGAUUCUGGAACCAAAAUUGAGACGGAGUUGGAGGUGGAAGAAGGCAGUGAAGGGAAGUUUGUUUCGCAGUUGGAUGAUGCAGAGCUUGUAGGUGCUGAGUCAUUGACUAUAAUCAAAGGCGAGGACGAGAUGGUGGAGGAGGAUGAGACUCCAAUGGUGGAAACUGAAAUGGAGACAGAAAUGGACGUGACAGAGAUGCCGGAGGAGGAUAAAGGAAGCGGUGGAGGUGGAGGUGGAGGGAAACGGAAGAGAGGGAGGAAUUCUGGGGUUCCGGUUAAAGCUCCAGUGCGGAGGACCAGUGAGGAGGACGUUUGCUUUAUUUGCUUCGAUGGUGGAGAGCUCGUUCUAUGUGAUCGCCGGGGAUGUAAUAAGGCGUAUCAUCCUUCAUGUGUUAAUCGGGAUGAAGCAUUCUUUCGAACCAAGGGACAUUGGAAUUGUGGUUGGCAUCUUUGUAGCAACUGUGAGAAGAAUGCCUACUAUAUGUGUUAUACUUGUACAUUUUCCUUGUGCAAAGGGUGCAUCAAAGAUGCUGUUAUCUAUUGCGUUAGAGGAAAGAAAGGCUUUUGUGAGAGUUGCUUGAAAACCGUGAUGUUAAUCGAAAAUAAUGAGCCGGGAAACAAGGAGGUACAAGUAUAUUUUGAUGACAAGAGUAGCUGGGAAUAUCUCUUCAAGGAUUACUGGGUAGAGUUAAAAGCAAAACUAUCUCUUUCCUCAAAUGAACUUGCCCAGGCUAAAAAUCCAUGGAAAGGCUCUGAUGUUUUGUUAAGUAAACAAGAAUCACCUGAGGAACUGUAUGAUGCUAACAAUGAUAGAAAUUCUGGUUCAGACAGUUCUGAGGACGUAGAAGCAACUAAAUCUAAAAGAAGACAGGCCAAGAAACGGUCAAAGUCCCUUGCCAAAGAAGCUGAUGUGCCAAGUGCUGCAAUAGCUUUUCCUGCUGAAGGGGCUUCUACCUCUGGCAACAUUGAGUGGGCAACAAAAGAGCUUCUGGAGUUUGUAAUGCACAUGAAAAAUGGUGACAAAUCUAUAUUAUCGCAGUUUGAUGUACAGGCUCUUCUGCUUGAUUAUAUAAAAAGAAACGAACUUCGUGAUCCUCGUAGGAAAAGUCAAAUUAUUUGCGACUCCAGGCUUGAAAAUCUGUUCCGAAAAGCUCGUGUGGGGCAUUUUGAAAUGUUAAAACUUCUUGAAUCUCACUUUCUUAUAAAAGAGCAUUCUCAGAGAGAGGAUAUCCAAGGGACUGUUGUCAAUACUGAAGUGAACCAAUUGGAGGCUGAUGGAAACACUGACAUCCCAAUAAAGGGAGGUAAGGAUAGGAGACGUAAAACCCGUAAGAAGGAUAGAGGACCUCAGUCCAAUGUUGAUGAUUAUGCUGCAAUUGAUACCCACAAUAUUAACUUAAUUUACUUACGACGGAAGUUGAUGGAGGAUCUACUUGAAGAUAUUGAGAAUUUCCAUGACAAGGUUGCUGGUACUUUUGUAAGAAUCAGGAUUUCUGGCAGUAAUCAACAGCAUGACAUAUAUAGGCUAGUCCAAGUUGUAGGUACAAGCAAAGCAACCGAGCCAUAUAAACUUGGCAAAAGGACAACUGAUACUGCGCUAGAAAUAUUGAAUCUAAACAAAACGGAGGUCAUAUCAAUUGAUACAAUUUCGAAUCAGGAGUUCACUGAGGAUGAAUGCAAGCGUUUACGCCAGAGUAUAAAAUGUGGACUUAUCAAUAGGCUGACUGUGGGUGACAUUCUGGAAAAGGCUAUGGAAGUCCAAGCAGCGAGAGUCAAUGACUGGAUGGAAACAGAAAUAGUCCGGAUUAGUCAUCUUCGUGAUCGAGCAAGUGAGAAAGGGCGUAGGAAGGAGCUUAGAGAAUGUGUGGAGAAACUGCAGCUUCUGAAGACACCUAAAGAGCGUCGACGUAGACUAGAGGAAAUUCCAGAGAUACAUGCAGAUCCAAAUAUGGAUCCAAGUCAUGAGUCUGAAGAAGAAAAAGAAGUGUCGGAGGAUAACAGACAAGGAGUUUUUGCAAGACCAAGAGGUUCUAGCUUUAACAGUAAACGAAGGGAGCCAAUUUCUCCACGAAGUGGAAGUUUUUCUUCGCAGGAUUCCUGGAGUGGUACAAGGAAAAAUUCUAACCAGAAUUGGGAAUUAAACAGAACCAUAUCUAAUAAAAAUUACUUGGACAGAGGUGAAGGGACCACUCUUGUUGGCAAUAUAAUUGAUGAAAAUUCAUGGAAGCAAGUUAGAGACAGAGACACACAGCAAUCAAACAAUUUGGAGAAGUUGAAUUCAGCUAAUAAUUCUGAAACUGUUGGAUGGAAUAGCCAUUCAGUAGUAAGAUAUGAUGCCAUGUCAGAUACUUCACCGGGAUCUCUUUCUGCUAGUUUGGCAGAAACUGUUCCAAAAAUCAGUGAAGCAGAUAAAUUGUGGUGCUACCAGGAUCCAUCCGGAAGAGUUCAGGGACCAUUUUCUGUGGUGCAGCUACGUAAAUGGAGUAACACUGGAUACUUCCCUGCCGAUCUUAGAAUUUGGAGAGCUACUGAAAAUCCAGAUAAUUCUAUCCUUUUGACUGAUACGUUGGCUGGAAGGUUUCAGAAAGAGUUGCUUCCAGUAGACAAUGGUUUUAUGAAGGCUCAAACAGUGCUUAGUCCAAACCUCUCAUCAACAUAUGCUGGGAAGUCUUCUGGAACAUCCUUACAGAAAAUGGAGCCUAGUUCUUCUAGUGGCUGGACCAUUCCUUCGGUUGAGGUCUCUAAAUUUUCUACAGACCAGUGGAGUCCUCGUAGCAGAAAUGAUUCCUUAAACCUUCCAUCACCAACUCCAAAAGAAAGCAAUCCUGAUAAUGGUCUAUUGACACAUUCUUCUACAAUAAACACAAAUGGAAGCAAAGAACAUCCAGCGGUGGAACCCAUUGGUGUUUUGGCUCCUACUUCAGUUUUGGAUUCUGGCGGGCUGUGGGGAAGGGGUUCUGAAAACGAGUACUUGAGAUCUCAUACUGGUUUUAGUCCAGCAACGAAUGCCAAUCAGGGUAUCCUUGUAAGCUCUAAAAAUGCUCAACUAACUUUUCAAUCCACUGGAACAGAUGGAUCACAUGCUCAUGGAUGGGGAUCGGGUUCAGGGAGUGAAUCUCAAGCCUGGGGUAGUACUCCAGCUCAGAUGUUAGAACAAAAUUCCUCAAUUCCUGCACCCGGGCAGCCAGUAGGUUAUAGUCAAUGGGGUGGUGUUCCAUCUAUUGUUCAGAAUCCUGGUGGAAACUUUCAGACUACAGGCUUAUCAGCUUUACCUCCAACUGAUCCUUGGAGACCUCCAAUUCUGGGCAGUCAAACUAGCAUCCAGCCUCCUGCUCCACCCAGUGUAUCGUGGGGCACUGGCUUUACCGAAAGUAACACUUUUGCCCCAGGUCCUAGGCCUGAUAAUCCAAGUACUGGUUGGGGGCCAGUGCCCGGAAAUGCAAACAUGGGCUGGGGAGAACCAGCACCAGGAAACAUUAACAUGAAGAAUGGAGCUAUUGCUCAAGGGACAGCACCUGGAAAUGCAAAUCUAAAUUGGGUCACAUCAACUGGGAAUCCAGGAGCUAUUGUUCAAGGGCUACUGCCUGGGAACGGAAAUCCUGGUUGGGUUGCGUCAACUGGGAAUUCAGGAGUUAAUGUGCAGGAGCAAUCUGGAAAUGCAAAUCCAAGUUGGGGUGCAGCAGCUGGGAAUCAGGGUACGUGGGAACGCAAUGGAGAUAGAUACUCAGGUCAAAGGGAUAGGGGCUCUCAGGGUGGUGGAGUUCCUGGUUUUGGCGGUGGCAGGACUUGGAACAGGCAGUCUUCAUUUGGCAGAGGGGGUCCAGGAGUUUCUCCCAGGCCUCUCCCCAAAGGUCAAAGAAAGUGCAUAUUCUACGACAAUGGGCAUUGUAAGAAGGGUGCUUCUUGCGAUUAUCUGCACACUUAAACCCGUCAAAUGUAGCAGUUAACAUAAAAUGGUUUUGUACAGUAAUUGUCCUAUUAGGCAGUUCUGUUAGUAUUAUUAUAGUUAUUAUUAUUAUUAUUAUUAUUAUUUUUCUUUUUCUCAAGAGGCUAUGUUGGUUUAUAGUUGUAAAGUUUGUGCAGUUUGAAGGCAGCACACCUUUAUUUUUGUAUGUGGGCAAUGUUGCUACUAUAGUUGAAUGCCGUCUCCUUGCACUCCUCCGACGUGUUUUGGAUGGGCUGGGCUAAAACCCAAGCAGCAGUCGAUAUAUAAAAUUAUGAAUGGAAGUGGUUCCUGAUGGAGGAGAUUGGAUCAUUCUUGAAUUACAAAUUUUAGUUUCAUCUUGUGGACCCAUUUGGGUUUAUUGUAGUAGUAUCUGUCUUCAAGUCCAACUCAACUAAAAAUUGUAGCACGUGAUCUUCAUGGAAGACCGAAAGUAUGAGAGCAUUUCUUGUGAUAACAUUUUUGUUGAAUUCUGGAAUGCUUUGAUUAGAUAUAUUUUUACAUUGUCACUGUAUGUUUUCUUUUUAAAAAUUACCGUCAAACACUAAAAUUUGAAAAAGAAUUAACACGGGACUGGUCCAUUGGUUAAGAAAUUUCCUGCAACAAAUUGUAAUGUCAGAGGUCGGGUUUCGUGAUUUAAUUUGUAAUUUUGAUAACAUAUAUUUUUUAAUCAUAUAAUUUUUCUAAACGAGUGAAUUUAUUGCUAAUAAAAAAAAAAAAAUGUGUAAAAUAAAUAAAUAUAUAACCUUUAUGAAAAGGAUUGAAAAAUGGGUCCCCAGAUUCUAUCGUGUCUCCCCUUCAAUAUACUACAUAUAUAUGAACCGCCAAUUAAAUAACACAUGCAUAUUAUAUUUUUAGAGAGAGAGAGACGAAGAGAGAGGGUGAGAGAGAGAGAGAGAGAGAGAGAGAGAGAGAGAUGAAGGUGAAUAAAGAAGAAGAUGGAAUCCCAAAUCAAAAUCAAAAUCAAAAUAGAAAUCGAAACUUGAAUCAGACCAGCACCGGAACACGGUCGAAGGGCAAGUCAUGCAAAGGAUGUCUAUACUACUCAUCUAUCCGCCAAUCCAAAUCUCAAAAUCCCACAUGCGUUGGCCUCACUCGAACCCUUCGACAAGUACCAAGUUAUGUAGUGAGAGACUCUGAGUUGAAAGCUUCUAAAGAGAAUCGUGGUCUUAUGGAGUUCAAGUAUUCAUGCGUCGGUUACUCAGUGCACCUGGAGAAAAAAGAUACUUCAACUGAUCCACAAGAGAAACAAGCUGAAUUACCAUUCUGUGUUGGUAUUGAGUUUUUGAUGGGGACAAGACCCGCAAAUGCUGAAGUUCCUUCCCGUGUUCACAAGAGGGAAGAUGGUGAGACUGUCCCACAACCUCGAACCUACGCACCGGCACAUUCUCCUUGGGAUGAGUUUGUGAGCAGGUUUGGAAGGAAUGCAGGCGUGGUUGCAUUUGGCGUGGCUAAGAAUGCGUCUAAAGUGGGCAAUCGCAUAAAAAACAGCCUGGACAACAUUCUGUAUCCUUACCGAAGGAGACCCAAGUAGCAGAGCUGUUCCCCAUUUACAAUUUAUAUUAAAAAAAGAAAGCUUGGAUGGGGGAACUAGCAUUGUCCUCUUGUUGAGUCCUAGUUAUGCUGUUGUUUUUUAUUCUCAUCUCCUUGUAUAUAACUAAUUAUUGUGUUGUUGCAACUAGAGGAAGGGUUUUCCUUCUCAGGUGAUAACAUAUAUAUGCAUGCCUUUGAUGGUUUAAUUUAUAUCACAUUUUGUUCAUUUC